AUGUUGUGUGGUCCGCAGGAGACGACGGCUGUAAUCUGCGGCUGUGGUGGAGGAAACAGCGGCUCAGUGGAGUUUGUGGCUGUCAGACGAACACUGUGCUGUGAGCAACUACGGUCCUUGGUUCUGGUGAAUCACUGCAGUAACUGGAGCACGCUCUGUCCUCCCCGUGGCAGUGCCAGAGCUGUGCUGAAUGGGCUCCUGCAGGAGCAGAGUGGGGACACCUCUGUGUCACUUCUGAUGAUUAACCCAAAUAUCAGACUUCGUCCAGGACGCUGCCAGAUCUGGCAAGACCAAGGCAUAUGUGUUGAGACAACCACAAUAAGAGCAAACAGGAGUGACCACAGGGCUGAGGCCUGUUUUGUUUUCCAAACACUUGUGUGCAUCCGCAGCCUGCUCCCUGCCAAGGCGCUCAUGGAGAAGUGA